CUGUCAAGGAGCGAUUAAUGACAUCAUUAAAUCUAUGUGAAUUACUAGAGGCAUAAUUAAAAUUCGAACAUUUAUCCCUACUCUGUUCGUUUGACCUUUCUUUUUAGUAUCUUUUUCACACUCAUUGUUUUAUCGCUUUCCCUCUCUCGCUCCAAUUUACCAGUAUAUCCGAGUUCUAUCCUGCUGAGAUGGUCGUGACUUCAUGUAUAUUUCAGUAACGCAGCAACUACUGACUGCUGCUAAUGACAAUAUAUCAGACGCAUAAAGAGUGUAGGAUCAAAGAGACAAUAUGUUCUCACACACUACGUUCGGUAUUUUUUUCGGGAUCCUCGUAACAAUUGCCAUUAUACCGGAUGCGACAUCUUACUCUAAGUAUGGAAGGACUUGUAAGGACAUUGGCUGUCGUAGUGAUGAAACAUGCGUUAUGGCUGAGGAUCCUUGUUACGGAUCACAUUCAGAUCAAUGCGGACGAUAUCCAACCUGUAAAAGGAUAAGCGAUGUAAGCUGUACUACUACGGUUUGCGGACAAAACGAAUAUUGUAAAAGCGAAAAUGGUGCACCAAAAUGCGUGAGAAAAUCUACAGGAUUAGAGUACGACGAAAUGCAGGCCAGAAUUCCAACACAACAGAGCAAUUAUCCAACGGAAACCGAAACGCGUCCUCGCGGAUCCUCAGAUACUUCUAACUUGAACGGCCAAUCGUAUCUGACUGGAUCUUCCGGAUAUCCAUCUGGUUUAGGAUAUCCCAGUCGUAACGGAUACCCAAGUUCCGGAUCUUCUGGUUAUCCAUCUAGUCAAUCCUCUGCCUAUCCCUCCAGUGGAUCCUCUGGUUAUCCUUCGAGUGGAUCUUCCGGUUAUCCAUCUAAUCCUGCAACAGGAUCUGGAUAUCCGAACGGACAUAGUGGUUCUUCAGGAUAUCCAGGUAAUUUCAGAAAUCCUUAUAACGAAGGAAGUGUUGGCCGAACUGGUGCUAGCUCUGUUAACGCCGGUUAUCCAAGUUAUCCACGUACAUCUGCAUAUCCAGAUGGAAAUCCAUCAUAUCGCGGUAACUAUCCGAAUCAAAACUCAGGAUAUCCUUCAAAUUAUCCAUAUGGUAAUCAACAUCUUCCUAAUCAAGGAAAUUCAAAUGGUUAUCCACAAAAUUAUCCGCAAGGAUAUCAAAAUCAGAAUUAUAUGACAACUACUAAGAAACCUGGUUUUCGUGAACAAUUGACAAAUAUCGCACGAAAUGUAGCAGAAAGAGUACUGACGCAAGCAAUAGUAGAUCGCGUCACCGGUAGACAUUCAUAAAGGUGACUAAAAUCCAGUACUAAGAAUCCAAUUUUUUUUACAAAAUUUAUGUAAGAAUGUCUUAAAUUAUCCUAAAUUAUAGCACUUUUUUAUUCUAUAACUUGGUAUAUAUUAAGAUAGAUAGGAUAAUGUAUAUUAAAAGUAUUUAAUUACCUUCCUGUUAAAAUAUCACAUUAUUUUAAUUUUGGACAUUAAACAUUUUUGUAGCAAACGGGCUCCAAUAAUUUUCCAAUUUAGUAAUCGAAAAAAAUAAUUUUCGAAUAAUACAUUUUGCAAUCGUAUAACGAUAGCGUUUGACUUAGGCUUUCAUAAUAAUUACUUUUAUAUUUGUUUUGAAAUAAAUUUAAAAAAAAAUUUUAAAUAAAAAGAGUACACACACACAUACCUAUAUGGAAAUAAUUAAAUAAUAUAAAGAAAGGAAUACACAACUAAAAUACAAGACCUAAUAUAUAUAAAUAUAUAUAAAUAUAUUUUAAAAACAUAUAAAUAAAGGCAAAAUGUUUAUAUUGUUUUUCAUAAUUUAUAUAAAAAUAUUUUAGUUUUGAAGAGAUCUGGAACCUUUGCUUAACAAAUAGUCUUUGAAGUAAUUUUUCAAUACUAUGUAAUUUCUCUAGAAUAAUUUUUUAAUUAUUUUAGACUACUAUAAAAAUCUAACAAUUUUUGUUCUUAUGAAUUAAAUCACUAAUCCGUUUUAAUAUUUUAUUUUUUAAUUAUUAAUUAUUAUGAUCAGAAAUGAGUGCAGUAAUUUAGGAUAUCUUAUAUAUAUUUUGUAAAUUUUUCUUGAAUUGGAAAAUAUUAGUUCAUAGUUAAUUUAUAUUAUGAUUCAAAUUUGAUUUUAAAGCAUGUUAAAAUAAUCUUGGAGAAAAAUUAUUAUUCUUAUCUUGUAUAUGUGUAACGUUAGUUGUUGAUAAAAUAUAAUUAUAAAACUUAGUAUGCAACAUUUAACGGAAUAUUAAUCUUUUAUUAGUAGAAAAUAAGAAAAUUUGCGAUUGCGAUUUAGAAGGAUAGAAGAAGAAUACAUGUGCCGAUACAAAUAGCGCAAAAGAGGCAAAUAGCGAAACUAAGCAUAGCUCUGCGCUAAGUAUCCUGCGUAAAAAUAUAUUCAUAAGCUAUUGUAAUGAAUGAAUUAAAACUAGCAAUUCUACAUA